UCUGUCCUUGCCCGGAUGAUGCUGAACCUUCUACCAGAUUGCAGAAGUUAGGGUUCAGGAGAGCAUGGGGAUUAGUCUUUGGGGAUGUAGCCAUGCAGUUUUUACCAAUGCACCGCCCCGUUUCCUUCACCUUCCGUGGCAUUUCUUCCUGGAGGGAGGACAAGGUGGACCGCAGCAGAGGAACAUGUAAUUUCGUCUUUCAGUGUUAUUUGCUGUCGUCUGUAUUAAUCAAAACACUGUUACCAAAUAAAUCACAGGAGCAUUAAAAGGCUUGAGCACUGUGUGAUAUGGUUAAGGGUCAAUAUCUGAGGAGGGAUUAAAAUAUGAAGGUGGUGUAUUAGCAAAACAACUGAUUAAAUAAUUAGCACAUUUGGUCAAUCAAGGGGUUUCUCUUUCAACUUGCCACUUAUAUUGAGGUGGAUAUUGCUGGAGUUGACAUCUCCCCUUCAUUGUCAAAGUUUUCUUUGCUAAUGCUAUGGGGGUUAUGAAAAAUUUCUUUACAUCAUGUUCUAACUCCCUACAUCACACAUGUGAGCCAAGUAAGAGCAAUCUGAACUGCUACAAUCACUGCUUUCACUGCUAUGGGAUCAUAGCAGUGAAAGCAGUGCUAGUGGUACCUUGUUGAGCACCAUCAGUGUCUCGUUAAAGAUUAGGUGUUUCAUCCACAGUCUGCUUGUGCAAACAACCAAAAAAACAGAGCAAGUCGCCUCUCAGCUUUGCAAGUUCAAAGGAAUUAUAGAUGAUUCAUUAUGAAGCUUCAGUGAUCAGAUGAUUAGCUAACUGACUGAAAAUAAAUGAAUUCUAACUAUUUAGAUUACUGAUUCUCAUUUAUAUUUUUAGGCAAAUAUUUCCCAUUUCAUGUAUUUCUUUAUUGUUCAUGAAAUUAAACGGAAACUUUUCAGACUGAUUUGCAUUGACACUGGAAGAUCUAACUGAUGUUUUCUAGAAAAUGCAAGAUGAUAAUUGUUUGAAUAAGUGAUGUUAAAAUUAAUGUUUCACAGCAGCUCUGGUUGCAUUCCAUGUGUGGUGGAAUUAAGGCACGACAGGACCACGGAUUCAUGUUUUGAGCCAUCUUUAUUUAACAUUUGCAUCAUACCACCACAACCCCACACCAACCCCUGAGUCCCCGUGUUUGAACACGGCGGGCAUGAUUGCGGAUGCACCGCAGACCACGCCCCACCACACCAUGUUAAUCCUGAAAUUUACAAAGACAAAACAGAAGAAGAUGCUUCAUAUUAACAGUGAAAGAAGAAAGUGUGUGUGAGCUGAUGUGGAUGUGAGUUCAGCAGCAUGGAUCAGUGUGAGGACAGAGAGGAGGGAGUCCCUCCCCCUAAAAGAGCCAGAGAGAGCCAGACCAAAGCUCAGAGGAACCAACCUGGACCUGAACACAGCUGUGUGUCCUUAAAGAGCAACGACUCAAAGAAUUUAAUUGGUGUUAAUUUCAAUGAAGAACAAUGCUCUCCUGCAGAGAGAGUGGACCAGGAGAUCUCAGAACUUUCCAGUGGUCAGUCUGUCCAGCAGCAUGAAACCCACCUGGACCCCGUAUUUACGCUGCUGAAGGAUAACAUCAAGACUUUCAUGAAUAAUCAGCUGAAGAAGAUCCAGGAAGUCCUGAGUUCAGAUUAUGCAGUAUGCUCAGAGAGCCAAAGAGAGGAUGAAGGCGAGUUGGAGGGUGAGGAUGACGAGCAGAUGAGGAGCAGCACAGAGGCAUUUGUGAAGAUCACAUUGAACUUCCUGAGGAGAAUGAAGCAGGAGGAGCUGGCAGACCGUCUGCAAAGCAGGUCUCGUGCUGGAAAUGGUCAGCGUAAACUUAAGUCCAACCUGAAGAAAAGGUUCCAGUGUGUCUUUGAGGGGAUUGGUAAAGCAGGAAACCCAACCCUUCUGAAUCAGAUCUACACAGAGCUCUACAUCACAGAAGGAGGAACUAGUGAGAUCAAUAAAGAGCAUGAGGUCAGACAGAUUGAAACAGCAUCCAGGAAACCAGACAGACCAGAAAUAAUGAUCAGACAAGACAACAUCUUUACAGCACCUCCUGGAAUACAUAAACCAAUUAGAAAGGUGCUGACAAAGGGAGUGGCUGGCAUUGGGAAAACUGUCUUAACACAGAAGUACACUUUGGAUUGGGCUGAAGACAAAACCAGCCAGGACAUUCAUUUCACAUUUCCAUUUACUUUCAGAGAGCUGAAUGUGCUGAAAGAGAGAAAGUUCAGUUUGGUUGAACUUGUUCAUCACUUCUUUAUUGAAACCAAAGAAGCAGGAAUCUGCAGCUUUGAAAAUUUUGAAGUUGUGUUAAUCUUUGAUGGUCUGGAUGAGUGUCGACUUCCUCUGGAUUUCAACAACACUGAGAUCCUAACUGAUGUUACAGAGUCCACCUCAGUAGAUGUGCUGCUGACAAACCUUAUCAGGGGGAAACUGCUUCCCUCCGCUCGCCUCUGGAUAACCACACGACCUGCAGCUGCCAAUUUGAUUCCCCCUGAAUGUGUUGACAUGGUGACAGAGAUCAGGGGGUUCACUGACCAACAGAAGGAGGAGUAUUUCAGGAAGCGAUUCAGGGAUGAGAAGCAGUCCAACAAAAUAAUCUCCCACAUCAAAACAUCACGAAGCCUCCACAUCAUGUGCCACAUCCCAGUCUUCUGCUGGAUCACUGCUACAGUUCUGGAGGAUGUGCUAAAAAUCAAAGAUGUAGGAGAGUUGCCCAAGACCCUGACUGAAAUGUACAUCCACUUUCUUGUAUUCCAGGCCAAGAUAAUGAAGUCUAAGUAUGAUGAAGGAGCUGAGACAGAUCCACACUGGAGUCCAGAGAGUAGAAAGAUGAUUGUGUCACUGGGAAAACUGGCUUUUGAGCAGCUGCAGAAAGGAAACCUGAUCUUCUAUGAAUCAGACCUGACAGAGUGUGGCAUCAAUAUCAGGGCAGCCUCAGUGUACUCAGGAGUGUUCACACAGAUCUUUAAAGAGGAGAGAGGACUGUACCAGGACAAGGUGUUCUGCUUUGUCCAUCUAAGUGUUCAGGAGUUUCUGGCUGCUCUUCAUGUCUAUCUGACCUUCAUCAACUCUGGACUCAAUCUGCUGGAAGAAGAACAAAUGGCAACGUUGUGGUCUGAAAGACGAAAAGAUGAAUCUACUGAGACAGAUAUCUAUAGGAGUGCUGUGGACCAGGCUUUACAGAAUCCAGAUGGACACCUGGACUUAUUCCUUCGCUUCCUCUUGGGUCUUUCACUACAGGCCAAUCAGAGUUUUUUAUGUAGCUUUUUGAGACAGACAGGAAAUAACUUGCAGACAAAUCAGGAAACAGUUCAGUACAUCAAGACAAAGAUCAAUGAGAGUCUAUCUCCUGAGAAAAGCAUCAACCUGUUUCACUGUCUAAAUGAACUGAAUGAUCAUUCUCUAGUGGAGGAGAUCCAACACUCCCUGAGUUCAGGAAGUCUCUCUCCGGAUAGACUCUCCCCCGCUCAGUGGUCAGCUUUGGCCUUCAUCUUACUGUCAUCAGAACAAGUCCUGGAUGUGUUUGACCUGAAGAAAUACUCUGCUUCAGAAGAGGCUCUUCUGAGGCUGCUGCCAGUGGUCAAAGUGUCAGAGAGAGCCUUACUGAAUUUGUGUAACCUCGCAGAGAGAAGUUGCAAAGCUCUGUCCUCAGUUCUGAGCUCCCAAUCAUCUAAUCUGAGGGAGCUGGACCUGAGUAACAAUAAAUUACAGGAUUCAGGAGUGAAGAUCUUGUCAGCUGGAUUGAGGAGCCCAAACUGUUCCCUGGAAAUCCUUAGGCUUGGUCUCUGCAGCCUCAGCGAGAGCAGCUGUAAAGAUCUGUCUUCCGUUCUCAGUUCCCAAUCGUAUUGUCUAAAAGAGCUUGACCUGAGUAACAACAAUUUGCAAGAUUUAGGAGCAAAACUGUUGUCUUUUGGACUGAAGAGUCCACACUGUAAACUUGAAAUUCUAAGGCUGUCAGGCUGUCUCAUCACAGAAAAGGGCUGUGCUCCUCUAACCUCAGCUCUGAACUCCAAUCACGCCCAUCUGAGAGACCUGGACCUGAGUUACAAUCAUCCAGGAGACACAGGAGUAGAGCUUCUUUCAGCUGGUCUAAAGGAUCCACACUGGAGACUAAACUCUCUCAGGGUGGAACCUGCUGGAGUCCAGUGGUUGAGACCAGGUCUUCAGAAAUAUUACUGCCAACUCACAAUCGACACAAACACCGUAAACAGGAAACUGAAACUGUCUGACAGCAACAGGACAGUGACACAUGUGGAGGAGAAUCAGCCAUAUCCUGGUCAUCCAGACAGGUUUGACCACUGUCGUCAGCUGCUGUGCAAAAAAGGUCUGACUGGUCGCUGUUACUGGGAGGUCGAGUGGAAAGGGAGGGCUCACAUAUCAGUGAGUUACCGAGGAAUAGGUCGAAAAGCAGACAGUGAUGCUUGUGAGUUUGGUUACAAUGAUCAGUCCUGGAGUCUCUUCUGUUCUGAUGGGAUUUACUCUGUGUACCACAACAACAAAGGCAUAUCUGUUCGUCUACAUUCCUUCUCUUUCUCAUCACUAUACUCAUCAUCAUCAUCAGCCCCCUCCUCUUCCUCAUCCUCUGGCUUUGGUAAAGUAGCAGUGUAUGUGGACUGUCCUGCUGGCACUCUGUCCUUCUACAGAGUCUCCUCUGACACUCUGGUCCACAUUUACACCUUCAACACCACAUUUACUGAACCUCUUUAUCCUGGAUUUGGAGUAGGUUUCAGGCCUGGUUGUUCUGUUUCUCUGUGUUCAGUUUAGAUAUUGAACAAUUCAUUGCCUGUCAAAUUUGUGAGCUGAUAUUGGCCUAUCACACACAUAUCAGUGUUUAUGUAAGUUGCUAAAUAUGAAAAUUGUUAUGUGUGUUGUACAAAUAGUAAUGUUAGUACUAUUAGAGACUGAACAGGCUGAUGUAUUUUUUUUUAACUGUUUUAUAUGAUUUCUUGUAAAUUUCUUCCUGUUCAGUUAUCUAAGAAUGUGUUUGGGGAAUUAUGUCUUUUAGAAACUAGAUAUAAAUUGAGUUGGUUGCCAAAAUUGUACAUUGUUUUGCAUCAACAGCUGAAUGCCAAGUAAAUGCCUCUGACUCUGUGUCACAUUUUGCUCUGCUUUAACUUUACUGCAUGGCUUCCUUCAGUGGUUUUAGUCAGAUAUGGCUCAAUGGGUUUCAUAUACAAACGCUAUUCCUUCAGCAAAAAAUCUAUAUUCUAUUAAAUAAAAAUAGCACAACUUGAUUAAGUAGUAUCUAAUAAAUGUAAUUAUAACAAGUUUCAGUCAUUAAUGUAGCUGAUACACAGCGGUAAGACCAUUAUUUUGUGGCCCUCGACUCCAGUUGUGUAAUUUUAUUGUGAGCCUGUUAAGUAUCUAAAUAAAAACAAUCUGACUAAAGAGCACAUUACAGUGAGACAUUCCUGUUUCAUCAUCUAGCUCUCUGUGUGCAAAAUAUGAUGAUCACAGAUGAAUACAGUGUGUGCCACUGACACUCCAAAAAUAAAUAAAUAAAUAAAUAAAUAAAAAAUCCUGUAAUUGUAAAGGAGUUUGAGUCUAAGUUCUCACUCUGUUGGAAAAACAUGAAGACAUAGAUGAUGUAAAGAACAUCCCUUUUUUACUUCCCAUAAUAUAGAACUAAUACUACAUAUCCAAACUGUUAAUCUUGGACUUACUGUAGAUCAAUAUCACACAAUACCUGUAAAGAAUGAACUGCUUUCAAUGUGUUUACACAAUAAUUUGACCAUUACUUUAAGUCACUGAAAUUUGUGAAGAAAUGAAUAAAACUCGUUUUCUAUUG